CGCGAGCUGGGCCGGAGCUGGCCUGGGAGCCGCUGAUCCGAGCGCAGCUAGGGUGGCGGCGGCGACGCGAUGGCUCCGGCUGCUGACCGGGAGGGUUACUGGGGCCCCACGACCUCCACGCUGGACUGGUGCGAGGAGAACUAUUUCGUGACCCAGUACAUUGCCGAGUUCUGGAAUACAGUGAGUAACCUGAUUAUGAUCAUACCUCCAAUUUUGGGUGCAAUUCAGAGUAUUCGAGAUGGACUAGAAAAGCGGUACAUUGGUUCUUAUUUAGCACUCACAGUGGUAGGAAUGGGAUCCUGGUGUUUCCACAUGACUCUGCAAUAUGAAAUGCAGCUAUUGGAUGAACUACCAAUGAUUUACAGCUGUUGCAUAUUUGUAUACUGCAUGUUUGAAUGUUUCAAGAUGAAGAACUCAGUAAACUACCAUCUAAUUUUUACCCUAGUUCUAUUCAGUUUACUAGUAACCACAGUUUACCUUCAUGUAAAAGAUCCCAUAUUUCAUCAGGUCAUGUAUGGAAUGUUGGUCUUUACAUUAGUACUUCGAUCUAUUUAUAUUGUUACUUGGGUUUAUCCAUGGCUUAGAGGACUGGGUUAUACAUCUUUGGGUUUGUUUUUAUUGGGAUUUUUUUUAUGGAACAUAGAUAAUAUCUUUUGUGACUCACUGAGGGACUUUCGGAAGGAGGUACCACCUAUUCUAGGUGUUACCACACAGUUUCAUGCAUGGUGGCAUAUUUUAACUGGCCUGGGUUCUUAUCUUCACAUCCUUUUCAGUUUAUACACUAGAACACUUUACCUGAGACACAGACCAAAAGUGAAAUUUCUCUUCGGAAUCUGGCCAGUGAUCAUGUUUGAACCUCUCAGGAAGUACUGAUGAGAUUAUUCCACCACUAAAACAAAAACCACUUACCAUAGACCUGAUUGGAUAAAUAAGAGAUAUCUAAAGAUCUACAUAUUCAAAUACAUCAUGACCAUCACAACAAAGGAUUGACUUUCUAUUUAAUGCUGCAGCCACAGGGAGGAUGAGGAAGGCACCUGUGGGGUGUUAGCUCCUGGCUUUAUCUCAUUUGUCCUCCUCAUCCUCAUCCUAAGAUGUUUAUAAAGAAACAGAUAGGUAUUUAUAUUCUAGAAUGCUGGGGAAAUUGGGUUUUUCUUAACAGGUUAACAGUUUGUGCUGGUCAUAGGAAAUUAACCUUUUUUCUUUUUGACAGAGUUGCAUGUGAAUUAUACCUUUCUUAAUAUUUGAUUAAAUAAUGAAAAUAGUCAGUUAGGACUGGCAAACCCUAUAUCCAGAUGGUCAGCUGUGACACAGCACUUAGCUGUGUCAGCCUUGAUUUAUAUUAUUGUCAUACUAACCCCAUGAAUGAUUUUCCAAGAUGGGGAGGGGGGAUUAGCUAACUGUUGGAUUCUAGGUAGUUGUUCACUGUCCAUCUCGGUGCUAGUCAGAUGGAAUAAGCAAAUUCAUAUUUGCCAGUGUGUUCAAUACUUGUCACCUCCCAGGAUUUACCAUGAGCUCUGGGAUGUCCCUGGACCAGUCAAAAUUGGCGGGUCAUCUUGUAUCCUUUCUGAAGCUACACCGGGACACCGACUGAAUGCUGCUCCUCAGUUAAAGGUGGUUGCUCUAUUUCCUUCGAUCCUUGCAGAUCUUUAAAUUCUGUCUGUUUUUAUGGCUAGGCAAAUAUGAUUGGUGCUCUGGCCUAUCCAUGUCCCAUCCUCUUAAGCAUAACUUAUUUGAAGUUAUCAUGGAAUGUCAUAAAAUUCUGACUUUUUGCCUUAUGCAGUAUUUUCCAGUUCUCAGAGAGGCUAUAGUUAUGCCCAGGGAAGAAUGUCAAGUUAACUAGAGGUUAAAUGGUCAGCAUUCUAUUUACAUAAAGUUCAUUGAAAAUAUCUGCUCCUUCAUUUUUUUGAGGGAAAGAGCUAUAAGGGACAAGUCUCUUUUUAAAGCCAGUUUCUUCAGCAAUAAAAUAGAACUGUUAAUAGCUACACUGCAGAGUUUACAGAUUAAAUGUCCAUCUGCUAUUGAGUAGAUGCUUAAUGUAUUUGAAGGAAUUAGAUGAAAAUUAUUUCAUUUAAAUUGUAACUUAUAGAACAUCCAAAGAUUAGAAUGCUAAGAAAGAGCAGUAAAAUCUCAUUAUAAGUCAACUAGUUAUAAUUUGGAUUUGAAUAUAUAACAAACUGAAUCACUUUUCAUGAUCAAAAAAUGUAGGAGCAGAUAUUUAAUGUCUAAUGAUUACAUCUUGAGCUGUGGCUUAAAAGAAAAUUUGGUUUUUCUUUUCUGCAAAGUUGAAAACACUUCUUUCUAGUAUUCAAUAAGUAACCUUGAUACAUAUUUAAAGCCAAAAAUUGUUGUCUUCACCUACUGGCCUUAGUUUUAGCCCAAGUACUAUUUUCCUUCCCUUAGCAUAGCCACAUGCCAUUGGGCAGAUACUUCCACCUAAUUUUUUCUUCCCCAUCUACUUCUGUAGCAAGAAUAAUACCUGCCAAAACAUAAAUCUGAGAGUACCUUGGAAGUAUUUAGGAGGAUGUAAAACUAAGUAGUUCCAGUGCAGUCCAUAAAACUUUUCCUUUGCCACAAGAUUCUAACUUCUGGCUACAUUCACCUCCAACUACCUUGGGCUAUCACUUCACAAAUGGUUUUAUACCGUUAUACUUUUGUACUGCUCAAAUAUUCUUCUACAUGAAGAAUCCGUGUAUGAGAACAAAAGCACAUCCUUCGUGACUUUUGCUAACACUGCAAGAAUGAGGUUCUGCAGUAGUAAAGUCAGAUUAAGAGGGAACCCCAAAACUGGGCCAUUUAGAGCCAUUUGUUGAAUGUUCAAUUCAGCCAUCACCAUUGGUCACUUGAAUAAAUUGUCCAGCAUC